AAUUUGGAUUUCUUAGAUUUGAGUUACGCGUUUACCUUGAGCCGUCAAUGUUUGCGGCUGUUAGGCGUAUGGCCCGAUCCACGUGUUCCUUUAAGCAACUUUCGUCGGCCAAGCAUAACAUUCAUAAUUGUUACGUGUAUUCUGAGUUUUUACGUGAUAAUACCACAGUUAAUAAAUAUGAUUCGUGUUUGGGGUAAUGUGGCUCGCAUGGUGGAAGAUAUAGCUGCCGCCAAUUUUAGUUUGAUGGCAUUGAGCAAGUUAUUCGCUACUUGGUAUCACAGUGAAAGUAUGUUUAAUUUGAAAGCACUUCGAACAUUGAUGAUGUCAGUCAUGACCGAUUGGACAAGUUCGACGAAUAAGCGUGAACGAAAUACGAUGCUGAGGUUCGCGAGACGUGGCAGAAGCUUAUCUUUUAAAUGUUACGCAAUCGCGACGAUCACAGUUUCCUUUUACAUAUGUUUUAAUCUUCUGAAACUUUAUCAAAAUAUUCAUCAGCCUCAACGGAGCUUCGUCUAUCAUUUUGUUUAUCCUUACAACGCCCAGAAGAGUCCGAAUUACGAAAUCACAUUUGUCAUCCAACUUUUCGGCGGAAUAUACACGGCACUAAUCAAUUGUACCGUCGACAGUUUCAUCUCGAUGCUCUUGCUGCAUGUAUGCGCGCAACUAAUAAAUCUACGAGUGGCACUCAACAAUUCAAUCGAUGAACUAGCCAAUAAAUCUAUAUCCUAUCCGAAAUUUAAAGAAGACUUAGCCGCCGUUGCUGUACGACAUAAACAUCUUAUCAGGAAUGUAAAGACAAUCAAUAACUGUUACAGCGCAGUGCUAUUUGUGCAUAUGCUAGCAGCUACUUUUCAACUAUGUUUUCAAACUUUUCGAAUUUACACGAUAAUAAUAGACAAAUUAGAUGUAUCUGUUUUCAAAAUGGCUUUUAUCUCGUUUUAUGUUGUUCUUGUGUUGACGCAUUUGUACAUUUAUUGCUACUCAGCUGAAAGACUCUUAACAGAGAACACUAGUAUGGCGUAUAGCGUGUAUGAAUGCAAGUGGUAUAAUAUACCGGCCAAAGAUGCGAAGAACUUAAUGGUUAUUGCAUAUGGAUCUUUAAUACCGCUUAAAUUAACAGCUGGAAAAUUUGGAAAUUUUUCGAUGGAGUUGUUCGGAGCAAUGGUGAAAACGGCAAUGGGAUAUUUAUCUAUGUUAGUGACAAUAAAAGAUUAGAGUAACUAUAAUAGAAAAUAGAGAGAAGAUAAUAUGUGUGUGUAUAUAUCUAGAAAAUAUUAUAAAAUCAAACUCAGAGUGUUUAUAACUGUCUACUAUU